AUUACUCCAGCAGAGAUCCUGCAAAGCAAUAGAUUCUAUCCUUACUUUGAGGAUUGCAUUGGGGUCAUAGAUGGAUUGCACAUCCCUGCUCAGGUGCCUGCCAAAGAUCAAUCUAGAUUUCGUAAUAGAAAGGGUGUUCUAACACAAAAUGUGUUGGUAGCCUGCACAUUUGAUCUCCAGUUUAUAUUUGUUUAUCCUGGCUGGGAAGGCUCAGCUCCAGAUUCUCGUGUGCUUCAAGCUGUCCUUGGGGAUCCUGAUCAGAACUUCCCUCAGGUUCCUGAAGGCAAAUAUUAUCUUGUGGAUUCGGGUUACAGUAAUAUGGAGGGAUUUAUUGCUCCAUAUGGAGGAGUUCGGUAUCACCUGCAUGAAUAUAGGGGUGCAAAUCUUUUACCUAGGAAUGCAAAGGAAUUGUUCAAUCACCGUCAUGCAUCUUUAAGCGAUGCCAUGCGGAAGUCUUUAAAUGUUCUAAAAAUAAGAUUCCCUAUUCUCAAACUUCCUCCUCAGUAUGCUUUCCACACGCAGAGGGAUCUUGUCAUAGCUGCAUGCGUACUGCACAAUCACAUUCGACGAGAAGAGAAAAAUGAUUGGCUGUUUAAUAGCAUUGAAGCAGGAUCGACUGAGGAGUCUCCUGUUCUUGAUGAAGAACCUGAUCCACAAAUGGGUUUCUCAAUUCAAGAACAGAUGGCAUCUUCACGAAGAGACUCAAUUGCAGCAGCAAUGUGGAAUGAUUUCAUUAAUAAAUGGGAUGAAUGGUGACCAUCAACAUUCUGUGUCCCGUUAAAAUGUAGGAGAUGCCUUUGAUAAAGCAAAUGUUUGGUUUUCGUCACUUUCGUUCUGCCUGGCUUUGAGGGGGGCAAAAGUAGAGACGUCUGUUUUGGUCACUCUCUCUUAAUGGAGUAAUGCAAGUAUAACAUCAACUCGUGCUAAACAUGCCUUUUUGGUCAGUUUCAAGUCUUUUCGUCAAGAUGACAACUGGAGGUUAAUGUUCUGUGAAUGCAUUUUGAUUUAUACAGAAUAGCCUUUGUUGGUUUUUUGUUGUGGUUAAUACUGAGGUGCUCUCUCUUUUGUUAAGGAAAAAACUUGGGUGGUUUUA